AAAAUAACAACUGUACCAUACGUCAUCAUUUUGCCUGAAACAUUUUAGCAGCGUUUAUGUUUUAGAUCGUCUUCUUCUUUGCUCCGCCGCGCCUCUGCAACUCCAGUGUUUAGGUUUCUGUAUUGGGUUUGUGCCUGUAACUUCAGAAGCCAACGGCAUUACCGGAGACAAAAUCUGAUUCAGCCACCACCACCACCUGUUUCUGUUAGUCAUGGUGCGCAAGCGUAAGUUAGGGGCAUCUGCAAGUUAUGGAGCUGAAGAUGCUAAUUGUGCUGAAAAUACAAUAGACAGAUUUAGCAAUCUUCCCGACGAAGUUGCUCAUCGGAUUCUUUCCUUCCUCUCUUUCAAAGAUCUCACUCGAGUGGGCGCCUUGUCGAAAAGAUGCAGGCAAUUUUAUCUAUCAGCUCCGGUCGUGAGUUUUGAAUAUUCAAGUUGCAAGCCACGUGGAGUAACCAACCAGAAGAUAGCGAAGUUGAUGAGCUCUUUGGAUAGGUACUUGUGUUAUCGUGGUGAUCAUAGGAUGCAGAUCUUCAGCAUUAAUUGGAGCUGCUUUUGGUCUGAACCAGCGAGCAAGUUUUCUGAUGAUCGUUUUCGGGUGAUCACCUGGAUUGUUAAUGCGGUAAGGUGCAAUGUUGAAGUGCUUGAUCUCCGUUUGGCAUGUGAAUUUCUUGCGCUUCCAUCUUGCGUUUUUCUUUCUGAGUCUUUGCGGUCGCUAUCAGUGCAUUUGUCUUGGAUGAUUCUUGAAGCCCCGUCUGUAUCCUUUUCCAGUAAUCUCUGUUACUUAAAACUGGAAAAAGUUACAAUAGUGGAUGAGAGGUUUUUCAAAUGGAUCUCACGUUCCUGCAAAUUCAUGAAGGAAUUACAGCUUAUUUGGAUUCGAGGAAUACAAAUAAUCUCUAUUGAAAGUUCGUCUUUAGAAUCCCUUCUUGUUUGGAUCAAUGAUCCUAACCCUAUUCAUCUGAACGUCUCUGGUCAGAAACUUGAAAGUAUUGAUAUAAGCUUUAAUGAUUACUAUGCGCGAACACGCAGCAUAGAGGUGAAUAGUUUUGCUCCAAAUCUGAAAUAUUUGAAAUGGGAAGGCGUUUUGAACAAUAGUCUGAAUCUGGGGAAAUUAACGGGUUUGGAAAAAGUAGAGAUUUUUUUGGCGUCUCGGAGAAAUAAAUUUGAUAAAGUUUUUGAGUUUCUUCAUAGUGUACGCUGGGCGAAGGUUCUUAUCAUAAACGAGGAGACCAUGAAGGUAAAAUUGACACUAUCCUCAACACCUUUAUAUUUUGCUUAUUUCUCAUCAUGCAAAUUCAAUACAAAGUUGUUUCCUUAA